AUGGAACACUAUGGCCAGGAAAUAUCCAAAUGCCCCGGCUGGUGGGCGGAAGCCAGUAUGGACCAAGCCUCCAAUGCUCAAUCCUACGACAACAUUGCUGCAUUCAUCCUGACUGACCUGAAGGCGUAUGGCCCAUCACUUGGCGGUUCUAUGCCCCAGCUUUGGUCCAGCAUGCAGAAUCUGUUUUCACUUGGAGCCCUCGAAGAUGCCAAUGAUGACAAAGGUUCCAGGGCUCUUUGCAAGUACUUUCUUUGUCUUGCGACAUAG